AUGAGCCUGUAUGAAGAAAGCGAGAAUCACCUGGCAUUGUCCACUGGAAGGGUUUUGGUGUGCAUCGUACUAAGUUUGUCGUUUGCCGUCGGGGUCCCAGGAAAUACCUUUGUGAUCUGGACCAUUUGUGGACGAAUGAAGCAACGGUCUCCUGCAGUCAUGCUGAUCCUUAACCUCGCUGUUGCUGACCUGCUGGUCCUCGUAACCUUGCCUGUCUGGAUCCACUCUUUUGCCAAUGCCUGGCUGCUGGGGCUCGCCGCUUGCAAGGCGAUGGUCUUUGUCGUUUACUGCAAUAUGUACGCGAGCAUCUUCCUGAUCACCGCCCUGAGCUUGGAAAGGGUCAUGGCCGUCUUUUGCCCCUUUGUCGUUCAACGGAGGACAAACAACACGUCCACCCGCAUCGUGAUGCUUCUCAUCUGGCUUCUCGCCAUUGCUUUUGGAGCGGCCAUCCUUCCCUUUCAAGAAACAGACGAGACAGACAUCGGCACACAGUGUACCUCUCGCAGCUACGUCUCAAACUCUCAGAAGGUGGGCCUUCUCUUGCUGGAGACUCUUGUGGGCUUCCUGGUUCCAUUUGCCAUUAUAUCCAUCUGCUAUGUGUGCAUCGCCAAACGCAUCAGCCACAUGACCGGCUCCCGAAAGCAACGCUCGACCAGGCUGGUCACUUCCGUGGUGGUGGCCUUCGCUCUCUGCUGGCUUCCCUAUCACACCUUCAACUUGAUGAGUAUUGCUUCAGCCGUGAUGGAAGACUCAUACAAGGAGGCAUCUGAAGCUCUGGAGGAGAUUGCGGUCCAAGGAACCUUCAUUGCUGGUUCAGUAGCGUUUCUUAGCAGCUGCAUAAACCCCGUGCUCUAUGCCUUUGCGGCCAGGAACUUCCAAAGCAGUGUGAGAUUGGCCAAGCUGUCCAAACUGUUUGAACAGAUAAGUCCAGGAAUGAAGCCGGAAGCCACAAAAGAACUGUCUGUCAUAGAAGGAAGAGAGGAGGCUUUGACGAGCGCAGAGACAAUCUAA